AGAAAUGCGUACAGUGGAAGGAGAGGGCACCGACUCAGGUUCCCAGGUGGCCCAGUGGUUCGCCGGCAGGUCGGUGCUGGUGACCGGGGCCACCGGCUUCCUGGGCAAGGCCAUCGUGGAGAAGCUGCUGCGGUCUUGCCCAGACGUCGGCACCCUCUACCUGCUGGUGCGGCCCAAGCGCGGACAGGACCCGCACGCGAGGCUCGAGGCCUACACCUCAGACGUUGUGUUCUCGAAGCUGCGGGAGGAGCGGCCCGACUUCGCGCGCCAGCUGUCGGUGGUGGCCGGCGACCUCAGCGCGCCGGACUUCUGGCUGGCGGAGAAGGACAUGGCAGCCCUGCGGCGUGACGUCAGCGUCGUCUUCCACAACGCCGCCAGCGUCCGCUUCGACGAGACCCUGCGCCAGGCCGUCACCACCAACGUGGUGGGCACCAAGCACAUGCUGCAGCUGGCCGAGCAGCUGCCCAACCUCCAGGUGUGUCACCAGUCACCAGAUGAGAUGAUAUUACUGGGAAACUUGCCUAACACGUACGUGUUAUCCAAGAACCUUGCUGAGAAACUUGUAGCCGAUUACGCCUCCAGACUACCAAUUAUUAUUUCCAGACCGUCCAUUGUGAUUCCGACGUACAAGGAGCCGAUGCCGGGCUGGGUGGACAACACGAACGGCCCCGUCGGAAUGCUGCUGGCCGCCGGCAAGGGCUUGCUGCACAGCGCCAUCGGCGACCCAGACGCCAACGGUGACCUCAUCCCAGUCGACUACACUGCUAAUGCCAUCAUCGCCCUCGUCUGGCAUUUCGCCCAAACCAAACCACAGAGCCCCUACGUCUGCAAUGUGGCCAGCGGGGAGAGGCAUCGCGUCACCUGGGGCCAAGUCCUGGAGGAUUACAAGAAUACACUGAACGAAGUUCCACUGGAGCCAGGCGUCUGGUACCCUGCAGGGCACUUCACCAAGAGCGUUGUGCUGCACAAGCUGAUCCACAUUUUCUUAGAGCUAUUACCUGCCUGCUUGCUUGACUUCUUAAUCAUGCUUUCUGGGAGGAGACCUUUCUUGGUGCACAUCCAGAAGCGCCUGCAAACGGGCCAGUUAAUGUUAAAUUACUACAAGUUCCAGGAGUGGCUUUUUAUCAAUAAGAAGCUCUUUUCGCUACUCGAAUACAUGUCACCACAGGACCAGGAAACGUUUUACUUUGAUACCUCGGAGAUUGAUAGGUACGACUACAUGAGGAACACUGUAAUUGGAGCAAAAACAUACUUGCUACAUGAGGAUAUGGCAAAUAUAUCUGGAGCUCGCAAACGACUCAACAGGAUGUACUGGCUGCACUGCGCGGCUCAGGCCGUGUUCUACGCCUGUGUCCUCUGGUUGCUAUACUCGUGGUCCGGGCCGCUGCUGCGGGCGGCUGCCGUCGUCUCCGGGGGUCCUGGCUUCAGAUCCCUGUCAACAGGCGCCACGUCAUUGUAAGGGCACGCCCGCGUCCAUCCCGCUGUCACCGCGGAAGACCGCCAGUGUCGGUGAAGGGUCCACGCCGCUAGUCAUGAGAACACCAGCAAUCGAGAAGAAGUCUCAGCUACAUGUGCAUUACACACAUCUUCAUACUCCUUUCCAUCAAUUUUUUGUUUAUACAGUUAUACCACUUACUUCUAAUAAUCCAUACCCAUAAAUCAAAAUUAUCAAAUACCUAGAGAUUCCCAGAACAUACUUGUUCUGAGGAUAUUUAACAGCUGACAAAAGCCCAUUCUCGUCAGAUGCAGUAUGUAUAAAUUAGAAUGUGGAACUAUUAGAGUGGAGAGAAAUUUUGUUCAUUUAUAAUAUCACAGAACAUUAGCUCGGUUACCAUUUUAAUUUAUUUUAUUUACCUUGCACACGACGCAGUCUGGCAAAGUAAUUUCCCACUCUCAACUGUGGUUUUUUUAUAUGGUCACACCUAAGAGGAUGAUUUUAUGAGUUUCUACAGCUUUCUGGUAUAUCCACCUUUAUGUAAACACUUGUAAAUCACUCAGUGGUGUUUCCUUUUAUAUGGCCACUAUAAACUAUUAAAGUGCAUUGUGCUACAGACUAUCACUUUCUCAUCGAAGGCAUCUUUUAAUAAGUAGAACAGAAGAAAAAAUUAUCUGCUCAUAUUACACUUACAUGAAAAAUUUGUUUCUACACAUUAGUAUUCAAUUUUAUUUUACAUAAAAACACUGUCGAAACUUCUGAAUAAAUUUACUGAUCCACAUCAGGUUUUUUCUUACUUUCUUUCAAUGCAAAAAGGUCUUCAGUUCUGACAGAAAAUGUACUUACACUGUUUGUUUAAUCUGUUG